AUGUCUUACCAGUACAUAAUAUCCAAGAGCCUCGAUCCCGUCUUCGCCAUAUCAAUCGGUCUCGCCGCUGCCAUCACACGCAUAAAUCGCGAAGAGAAGGAAAAAGGCAGGAGCACAGCACAGAGUAUGGACGUCCUGAAGAGGAGAUGGAGCCUCGCAUGGCAAAAAGACGCCUUAGACAAGAAGCUUUGA